UCCACAAUGGUACAGCCAGCAUCACGCUGCACAAUGGUUUCCAGGCAGUGAAAGAGCGUGAUUCAGCAAGCCACUCUUCCCCCCCCUCCCCUUUUAUUUCAUUAUUAUCAGACAUUUUGCCUCCCCUUUUUCUGUUCUCUUCUACCCUCUUCCCCAGGCUUUUAUUCAGUUCUUUAAAGGAAAACGGUGAUUUACCUUAAAACCAACUGCCCAUCUUUUUUUUUCCCCCCUUUUUUUCUUUUCCCCCCUCCAUUGUUAUAGAUAGCCCUUUUUUUUUUUUCUUUUUCCCUCGGCACUGUUUGGAAUGUGAUUUAAAAAUACCACCUAAAGUCGCAGUUUGGGGAAAAGGUUUCUGGACGAGGAGAAUAGCUCGCAAGCAAGGAAUGGGCUAGUAUUAGAAACCUGUACCAACAGCAGGCCAGACUCAAAUAUCAGCUAUGGCAACCCAUGCAUGAAGUUGAUGCCUUUGAACUAUCCUAUAGAUGAGACAUAGCACAUGCUGUGCUGUCUUCCACUGGGACAGAGGUGAAACUUGGACAGACCGCAUUUGUUGAGCAGUGCUCCCCAGAUUUGCAGCUCUCCCCAGGAAGACCUGAGAACAAUUACAAGUGUGUCACCUGGACAAAAUGUAAAACGUCGCUGUCAGACUAUCCUAUCCCUGGUAUUUAUGAGCCGCCAUUUCUUGUAUUAUUGUGGUGAACCUACUCUGGAUGUGAAGAUUGCCUUUUGUCAGGGAUUUGGGAAACAAGUGGAUGUGUCGUAUAUUGCCAAACAUUACAACAUGAGCAAAAGCAAAGUUGACAACCAGUUCUACAGCGUGGAAGUAGGUGACUCGACCUUCACAGUCCUCAAACGCUACCAGAACUUGAAACCUAUUGGCUCUGGGGCUCAGGGAAUAGUUUGUGCUGCAUAUGAUGCCGUCCUUGACAGAAACGUGGCCAUUAAGAAGCUCAGCAGACCAUUUCAGAACCAAACUCAUGCCAAGCGAGCUUACAGGGAGCUGGUCCUCAUGAAGUGUGUGAAUCAUAAAAAUAUUAUAAGUUUAUUAAAUGUCUUCACACCACAGAAAUCUCUGGAGGAGUUCCAGGAUGUCUACCUGGUAAUGGAAUUAAUGGAUGCCAACCUGUGCCAGGUCAUUCAGAUGGAGCUGGACCAUGAGCGAAUGUCUUACCUUCUGUACCAAAUGCUCUGUGGAAUCAAGCAUCUUCACUCUGCAGGGAUUAUUCACAGGGAUUUAAAACCAAGUAACAUUGUAGUAAAAUCUGACUGCACGUUGAAGAUCCUGGAUUUUGGACUGGCCAGGACUGCAGGCACUAGCUUCAUGAUGACCCCGUAUGUGGUGACACGUUACUACAGAGCACCAGAGGUCAUCCUGGGAAUGGGCUACAAGGAGAACGUGGAUAUAUGGUCUGUGGGAUGCAUUAUGGGAGAAAUGGUUCGCCACAAAAUCCUCUUUCCAGGAAGGGACUAUAUUGAUCAGUGGAAUAAAGUUAUUGAGCAGCUGGGAACACCCUGUCCAGAAUUCAUGAAGAAGCUGCAGCCAACAGUACGGAACUACGUUGAGAACAGACCCAAGUAUGCUGGCCUCACUUUCCCCAAACUUUUUCCAGACUCUCUCUUCCCAGCGGACUCAGAACACAACAAACUCAAAGCCAGCCAAGCCAGGGACCUCUUAUCAAAGAUGCUGGUCAUUGAUCCUGCCAAGAGGAUAUCAGUAGAUGAAGCCUUACAGCAUCCAUACAUUAAUGUCUGGUACGACCCAGCAGAGGUGGAGGCGCCUCCUCCUCAAAUAUAUGAUAAACAGCUGGAUGAAAGGGAACAUACAAUCGAGGAAUGGAAAGAACUCAUCUACAAAGAAGUAAUGAAUUCUGAAGAAAAGACUAAAAAUGGCGUAGUAAAAGGACAGCCUUCUCCUUCAGGUGCAGCAGUGAACAGCAGUGAGAGCCUCCCUCCAUCCUCAUCUGUCAACGACAUCUCAUCCAUGUCCACGGAUCAAACCCUGGCGUCUGACACGGACAGCAGCCUGGAAGCUUCUGCGGGACCCCUCGGUUGUUGCAGGUGACUAGCCGCCUGCCUGCGAAACCCAGCGUUCUUCAGAGGAUGAUGGAACCUAGGAGGAAAAAAUGAUGGGAGCUAAGAGAUGAAAAGAAAGAGAAAUUAAAUACAGAGAUUUAAGUGAAACAAACAAAGAAACAAACAAACAAAAAAAAUCUUUUCAGCCUGCUUCUCCUACAGAGUUAUGUAAUGCAGCUAAGCUCAAGUGUGUAUUUAACUUAUAGUUGCUCUGCUUUGGUCUUCUUCCAGUGAUGCUUACUGGGGGGCAAAAGGAAAAAAGGAACUGAAAAAAAUCCUUUUUUUGCCCCCCUCCCCACAAGGUGUAAAAUGAAUGGCUGCAAAACCAGCAACCUGCAACUGUCUUUUUCACACUGGCAUGACAAGGUGUGCAGUAGCCACGCUCCACCAUACGAGUGUGUGUCUGCCCUCACUGUCCGUUCUGCCGUCUGCCCAGUGAGGCAGGCAGGGAUCUCCAUGCAUUUUUCCUCACACACAUACACACAUGUGCCAACAGAAUCCUGGCAGUGCAUGCAGCUGUGUGCCUGCACAUCUGCCCAGGCACUUAGUGUGCACUCCACGACUAUCAAUGGCCCAUUCCAGGCGAACUGCUUAACCACACAUGGGAUUUUACAGUACACAUUCUGUUUGCUCCUUGAUGAGGUUACAUAUGAGGACUUGUGGAAGUGUAAAUAACCACAUAGGACUGUGGCUCCCUCAGACACUUGAAGAUGUAGCACCAAAUUUCUGCUGAGAGUUGUAUAUAUAUUUUGAAAUAAUAACCAGUUUUGUUGAAAGAAGAAGCCACAGAGCUUCAUAGAAAAAAUGCUAGUUUGUGAAUGUUAAGACUUGUUGUUCUGAUUUUUAGAGCAGAUACGCCAAGACUGGGUUAGAAGGAAGCACAUGUAUCUUUGCAAGUUACAGGGAACAAGAAUGAAGGGGUUUUCUGCAUGUCUAAGCCCAGAAAGGUAUCAGUAAGCAACUUUUUCUGUCAAUGUUGAGUGAGUUAUCAUCAUAGGGCAUAGAUAGGCUCGCUAUUUUGAAGUACAUGUAUGUUUGUAAAUUAGAGGGUAUGACAGGGUUGGGGAAUAAGCAGACUAUGAUCAAAAGGACAUACACCAACUUGUUUUUAUUUUAUGUCUAGAUCUUUAUUAGGUUAGCUAGAGAAAGGAUAUUUGCAGCCCACUCCCUCUCAGUGUGUGUUUGCAGCUCAGAGGUUGUUUUCCCUUUCCAUCAUUCCCUUGCAGGCACUUCUGCUACUCAGAGAACAGCCAUUCUCUGGGUGCUUUUGGCUCUUCAUUUCCUCAUGACAAAAAAGUGGACUCCCCAGGAAGUUUUAGCAUCUGUGUUACACAGAAAAGAAGCACAGAGUGCAUGGGUCUAGUUUUCCUACGUUCCAACAGCCAAAGUUAUCAAUCAGCUCAUGAGCUGGCCUGGAAGGGUCACAGCCAGGGGUCUUGGGCAGUUUGGACAAGUUCUGAAGAACCCAACAGUGACUGAAUAUCAAAUUAAAUUUGCCAGGUAAUAAAGCAGAGGAUUUCCCGUGGUAAGUAACAGCAAGUGUUUUUAGUAGAGAAUGACAAAAUUCCACACAGAAUUUCAGAACCAUUGAAUAUUUUUUUCCAGCCAAAACAGCAAUUGGUAUUUUCCACUGCGAGGUCAUCAUUAUCUGAGUUGGAAAUUAACUAAAAUCCAAGUCAUCUGUCCUUUUACCAAUGUGUGCCAUGUAAACUGAAAUGAGCUAAAUCCUUCUCUAAUGCUUUUCCAAAUGCCAGAGAGAGAAACUGUUUAGACUAUGUUAGUGGAUAUUUUAAAUUCACUAAUUCUUUAGUUUUCAAAACUCUACCAAAAUAGGACUGUUCCAUUGGGUGGCUUACAAACCUGCCAUUCUGUGGUAGGAAAAAAAAUAGUAUCAAGUCAGUUUUUUUCAAAGGGAAGAAAGGGAAGAAAAAAAAAAUCUCUCCAGGGUGGGGAGGAGGGGAGAUAAAAAUGAUGAGGAUAAAAAAUAAAAUCAGACUUGGUAGAUCUGAGCUGUAUUACAAUUGCUGUAAGAAGUGGGAGUCUUUCCCUGGUUAUAUUUUUGGUAGAUUUUUACCAAAUUUUUUUGGAGAAUAAAAUUAGGUUGUUAAUGUUCUAAAACUCAGAGCAGUAAUUUUAAAAGCAAUAAUUUACUACUGCUAAAUAUAUUUAGCAAUAUUCUCUCUUAAGCCAUGAAACAUCAGGUGAUUAUUGAGUGAUGUAACUCUCACUCCAAAGACAAUGAUCAUAAAAGUAUUGAAAGGUUAACAGCAAAGCUCUGUAGGUAUGUAGGCAAUAACACCAAGGGUGACUUCUUAGCAAUAAUUAAAUAUAUCACCUCCAGAUUUAAUUCACCAUAGAUACAUAUUAAUAAUAUUCAGGUAACUAGUAUCUACUUUACAUUCCUUAGUGUGCACCAUUUGGGUGUGUUAUUUAAGCAAAGCUAAACUGAGUCUCAUUGAGGCAAAACUGCAAAAAUAUCACCAGUGUAGACUGUAGAAACUUGGAGUAAUCCCCAUUCAUUGCCAGUGGUGUUACGGAGAUGUGGCAUAGGCAACAGCAGAGAAGCCAUUUAUAGUAGAUAAAUGGAGGACUUGCAGAUAAAGAGGACUUGUAGACCUCCCACAUUUCAUCUCUUGAAGGCAAAUCUGUGCUCUUAGUCCCAUGGUAUAAUUCAGUCCUGUUUGGGUUCAUGAGUGCAGGGUGGAGAAGCAGUCACCAGAGCAGGUGUCCUUAGGUCAGAGCUGAAUGGACUCACAACACAGGAGCUACUUAAUCAGCUUUAUUCCCUGAUUCUGCUAAGCACCAGGGCUUGUUCAGACAUCUCAUGGAGACUGUAGGAUGCUUACAAAUAUUAACUAGCGUGUGCUUUUGUCCUUUGCUCAGCAGUGAUCGACAUCAGCAUGUGCUUAAGUGCCUUGCUGAAAUGGGGCCUGAAAGAAUUACUGCAUCUCUUUUUGUCCUCAAAUCAGUCUCCUUCAUGAGAAGCUCUGUCUGGGGAAGGAGACUUGGAGCUGUCCACAUUGGACACUAGAAAAGAAAGCCAUCAAUGAAGGAAAGCAUUAGUUCUUUAAAGUUCUGGUCCGAGUAUGUCCAAACUGAAGUAACAGAAAUGGCAUCCUUCAUUUUGCUUUGUGCCCAGAAUUUGGUGCUGUCAGCUGAUACCUUACAAUAACACAUGUACUCUUGUAUUUUCUGGAACCCCUAUGAAGGAAGGAACUUAUGAAUCUGACUCCAUGUUCUUAGAAGGCUAAUUUAUUAUUUUAUUAUUAUAUUAAAGAAUGCUAUGCUAAAACUAUAUAAAACUAUACUAAAGAAUACAGAAAGGAAACAGACAGAAGGCUGAAAGAUACUACUGAAAACUCAUUACUCUCUCUUCCGAGUUCGACACAGCUUGGCCCCUGAUUGGCCAAUAAGUAAAAACAAUUCACAUGUUGCAUAAACAAUCUCCAAACUACAUUCCAAAGCAGCAAAACACAGGAGAAGAAAAUGAGAUAAUUAUUGUUUUCCUUUUCUCUGAGGCUUCUCAGUUUCCCAGGACAGAAGUCCUGGGCAAGGGAUUUUUCCAGAAAAUAUGACAGUGACAAUGUACUCUUGAAUAAAGGAUACUAGUGAUGAUGUUCUGAGGAUGCUUUGAGGGAAAACACUUAUUUUUUCUGAUUCUAGAAGUUUUGGUAUCAUCCUCUUAAAGUCUGUUCCCCAUUAUUCCAAAAUUUUAUUCAGCUUGAUAAUGAUAGAUUGUUUCCUUAAUUUUGCCAUUGAUCUUUUAAACCUACUUCUGCAUCACACAUUACUAAAUGGAGUACUUUGGCAACAAUUUUCACUUAAUUCUCUGAGGUUUGCAGUUGUAAGCAUCAUUGCCACCACUGCAGAAAUGAAGGAAAUUGGAAAGCCAAAGAUCUGUGACAGAUAUUCCAAGGUAUUUAGGCAUCAUUAGGGGCAAUCAGUGAGCCUGUGCCAGACGUGGCAUAACUUACAUCAUCCUUAAUGGCAGCUGGACACCUUGGCAUUUCUGAAAAUAUGCCUCACAGCCUCUUGGUGUCAUAAGUGCCUUAAUGCCCAAGGCAAUUCUGUCCCAAGUGGCUCACCUAAGACAUGUAUGUAGGCAUCAGCAGGGUGACGAAAAUGGCACGAGCAUUAUCUGUCUGCGACUGCUCAGACCACUAGCUGCAUCGAGAUGGUAGAGAGGAAAAUUGCUGCAAAACAUCCCUGCUUUUUUUCCAGAUGGAGAACUUCGGGAUAGUAUGAGGGAAAAAAAAAGAAAGAAGUCAGAACAGUUCUUAAAAGGCCAUCCCACCAUUUUCUUUCUCACUGCUGAGUUUAAACAAGGAGGAGGCAUUGAUUUAUUACAAGUUGAUGUAAGGUUAUGUAUGUUUUCAAUCCAAAAUUUUUGGUAAUUUUUGAAAACAGUCUUCAGCUACUGACUUGGUAGCUGCUAUAGGGUUUUGUGAGCUUUGACUGUAUUCCAUUACAAUAUAUCUUCAGAGAGUUCAGAUAUUUGAGUUGAUCACUGUGAUUUAUACAACUUGUAUUGUGGUUGAUGUUCCCCCCUGCUAUCUAGGAUUCCAUGGCACAAAUAGAUUAAUGAAUGAUAGCAAGUUUGCAUUACAUAAAACAGACUGAAACUGGAGUGCAAGUAUGGCAGUGUGUCAAAAAACCCACCAAAAACCCUACAAAAAACCCCAAACAACAAAGCUACAGAAAGCCUGAUCAGGUUUUCUAAGCCCUAAUGCACUGCUGGUUUUCCUCUGGAAAUCACCAGUUCCUGCACAGCACUGGCUUCUGAAUGUUACACGAGACAGAUGAUCAAGUCACUAUGUCACUCUUCCAAAUUUAUAAGCAAUUUGGUUCAUAUACAUUCCUUUAUCUUCAUAGAUAUUGCUUUACUUUCUAAUUCUGGGAUAACAAUACUGAAGAAAUUAGACCUGAUGCAGUGCCUUUAGGGAAUUUCCCAAAGUAGUACUACUUAACUGAUUUGGAUUGUAUUCUAAAUUUGUCAGUGAGCGCCAGUGAUUUCUUUUCCGCCAAUUUAUUUUCUCAUGAAAAACAUGCUAAUAGUAACUUUUAGAACUGCCUGAGAGAGUCACUUUUAGAAAAUCUCCCAAAUGUUUUUAUUAAAAAAGCAUUUUGAAUAUGCUGGAAUUAUUGUAAAAUGGAAUUGGAAUAUUUUAAUUCAAAGUAACUUCUAGUAACCAAUGCUAGCUUAUAUACAUUGCAAGCUUCACAGUAGUUCAAAGAACCAAAAACGAUUUGAGUUUCAGAUCUAUUUAUUUAUAUUCAGAUCUACUUAUAUUUCUUCCUUCAUGGUUAUUUAGAGUUUAAAAUUUUGUGUGAAUUCAAUCAUGCAAAAACAAACAAAAAAAAGGUAUUUUGCAACAAACACUGUGCUUCCAGGGAGAGCAAUAUGAAAGAAAACCUGCAGGAACCAAUUAGUUUUGUUUUUAAAGUCUGAGUUAGUCAUUCAAUUUAUGUUUAGGCUUUUCUUUUCCUUUACUUCUGUAUGUGUGUGUAAGGAAGAGAGGGUGUUCAUAUGGAUUUUUAGAACCUCUGUUCCACUUGUGCUUGAUCCCAGUUGUCAGUGUAGAUAAAGAGAGGAGUUGUAACAUAAUCACACAUCUUCAAGAAUCUGAUGGCUGUGCUUAUUUGAACUUCCACCACUUUACAAAGGACACCAUUAACUAAUUGCAAGCUCAAGGUGAUCUUUUUCACACACAAACACACACACACAAAAAGAAAAUCAUUGUGUAGUAGGUUUGAAUACUACAUAAAUAUGUAAUUGUCUUAAUUAGUAAAGAUGCUUGAGGUAUGCAGGGGAAUGGUGAAUGUGUCAUCUUCACCAAUGGGCUGGAAAACUGACCUGUCCAGUGGAAUUUAGUGGAAGCUUCUUAGUGUAUUCGGAACUUGCCAGUGGGGCCUGAUUUUUCUUUCAUUUUUGUUGUAGGUUUGGGGUUUUUUAAUCAACAAUUGAUUGCAAGAAGUGAAAUGUUUAACUUAAUGCAUGUUCAGGCUCGUUGGCCUAUGGCAAGUUUGAGUUUUAAAGAGCGUUUGAUUUGACAAAAGAAUGUUGAAAAACUUCAGCUGAGGCUAAUGGUGCCUUUUUACCUGAGUGGGAAAAGCUGAAAAGCACAUAUUGAAGGAAGACACAGUCAAUUUGGGAAAUAAAUGUAUCCUUACCAUGCUUUUCAUUUCAGACAGGUCUCUUUUGCUAAUUUUCACUGAACAGGGCCAUUCUUGUCUUCUGAAAAGCAAGAUAUUUAUAAUGUAAAUAGUUGUAUGGACUUAUUUUUUUUUCCUUCCUCUGUAAGUAAUAUGUAAUAAUCUGACGCGCUCUUUCUGUUAAAAACUUUUACAAUAAGGCUGCUGUUUGCCUAAAUAUGGUUGACCUCUGACCUUCUCCUGAGUCAGUCAAGUGGUGAUAAAGGAGGGUGCUGGAAGUUUCAGUGUACAUAUAGAAUCAUGUAUAUUUAGUAAAUUGGGUAAGUGGGACUUAUGGCCAGUAUACAUUAAGCCACAACAGUAACAAAGCUCCAGAUCUUAACUAGCAAAAACAACUGUUCACCUUGCCAUGUCCAUCCUGUAAUAAGAUCUAAGUUGCACCUGCCUGUAGUUCUGCAUGAUCAGACUUCAAAGUAUAACUAACAAGAUCUGUAAUGUAUCAGUGUUGAUAAACGUAGAUGUAAACAAAAAAAAAGCAAAAAAAAACCAAAAAAAAAGAAAAAGGAAAAAAAAGAAAAAUAAGAGAAAAAUUAAAUAACUUGACCAACAAAAGAAAAUCAGCAACAGCUCAGUAUCAAGACUGGAAGAUGAGACAUGUCUGAUUUUGUUGCACAGUUAUAACUGAAAAGAACAACCGGUGUCAGUCAGCAUAAAUGGACUACAGUAAGACAUUUGUUAAGGAACCACAUUAUUUCCAUACUGUUUUGUUCUUACCCUGUUUACUUGGAGCAUCUGUUGUUCCCUGUGUGUGGCACAGGGGAGAACAGGGCCUCAGUGAUCAGUGUUUUAUGGGUCAAUGUCGCAUCAAUGAUUUCCAAUUUCUGUUUGUUUAGCAAUUACUGACCGAAGACGGGACUCUCAUGUUCUCCCAUUUGUACCAAAAGGAAUCCUGUCAGAGCUUCCUCAUGAGGAUACUCUUCUCACUGCUGUCCUGACUCCUGUCUGUUGAAUGACUUUGCAGUGUUCCCAGGAAAGAGCACAACGCAGCAGAGAUAGCCACCACGGGUUCCAUUGCGGGCGCGUUGUGCUUUGUACUUUCACGGGGACUCAAAGUCACUUGGGGACAGGACUCAAACAAAUUAUGGUAUGUACUCUAUGCAUGACGCCUAUAUCACACCUUUAUGACCUUAUAGUGGUAAAACUGAUGAUCUUUACAGAUGUGGAUUUGGACCAUCUUUUUUUUUGGAGGAAAGCUGUCCUUAUCCCACAAACCACUCGCUCCUAUCCAGAGCAGCUAAAUGGAAGUUAAAGAGGUGCAAGGGCCUUCUCGGGACCGUGCCCAUGGGUGAAUUUCAUGCUGUUUGAAUGUGAUCUUGCCAAAAAGCCUGUAUAUCUAGCAGGGGAGACUGUGACUGUCCUAUAAGGAGUGUUUGUGUUGUUUACUUUAAAACAAGCUUUGCUAAUUAAAGUAGUGUAUUCCGGA